GACGUUUUUGAACUACGCUCUAGGAUGUCGUGGUCAAGCGUUUUGCCGUCGCUCGUGCUUUAAAAUGCCUCAGGCACAAAACUACCUUCGUACUAGGUACAUCCCUGGGGUAUGUACGAUCUCUGUCUCAAUAGAUGGUAAGGUGACGAUUGAACCAUCACCACGAAAGAGGACCUCAGACCACAGGAGCCAUGAUGAGCGAAUACCUGGAUGAGGACGAUAAAAUCGAAUACUGGAAAAGUCAGCUCAACUCCGUCAUCCAUGAAAUCACAAAGGACAACGCUGGGAAGGCCGACUUGAAGAGCAAAGCGUUGCGGGACAAGUACAGCGAGCUGAUCAAACCCCUCAUCUCGCCCGGCCUCAGACAGAACUUCGUCGUGGAAAUCAUAGGCAACGAUUUCGUUCCCGUACCGAGCCGUGAGUUUCUCCUGAAAACUGCUGUUCCGGGGAACUGGCACUUGCUGGGACCAACCAAGCCCGGCGCCGAUACCGAGAAGGGCACAGCGCUUCACAAAGCUAUCGACUGUGACAAGCGGAAAAGGGACCAAACUUGGCUUCCAGCUUCGGCCUUCACGUCCCUCCUCUGCGAUCUGAUGAAAUCCGGCCUCCAGACCAAGACUUUGGAUCAAGACACGGCUGCCACAAUCCUCUCCGGGCGCCGCGGCCUCAACGGCCCAACAUGUCUUCACCUCGCGCUGAUGGAGGACAUGACUGAUGCCGCCACCCAACUCAUUGGACUCGCCGAUGAGAGCGUCCUAAAGCUUCAGAGGGAAAACGGAAACACGCCCCUACACGACGCCGUCGAGUUCCAACUCAAAACCCGUCGGAAAUUCUUGGUCCAGGCCCCACGUUGCAGCACUCCCGCUCUCCGAGCUCCCAUUGCGGAUUUUUCUCUUGACGCCGUCCGCGAGGAAAACGCGUCCAACUGUUGCAAGCGGUGUCUCGAUAUCGACGAGCAGUACCAAGGUCACAAGGCGAAGCGCGCUGCCGUUCUCCACUCCCUCUUGGCUAAGGGGCCUGUUGCCUUGGCCACGCCCAACAAGGCCGGGAUGCCACCGUACCUGUAUCAUAUCCGCGGCAGGGAGGCUUUCAGGAAGAAAAGCCCAAACGCCAACGAGCAGAUGGAGCAGCAACGGUGCAAGAUGGCCGAAAAGAAACUGGUAGCAAACUCUAGUACGGGGAACCUGAUAUUCCCGGAGUCGGUCAGAUUGCCAAGUCCUGUCCCUGGUCAACACCUGCCGCAAGCUGCCAAUGUCAGGGCAGCGAGAGCGCCCUCUGCAGCCACCACCGCUCCCACAAAGUGCCCGUCAAAAUCGGACCCAGAUUGCUUCUACCUCUCUGCCGAGGUGGAAACGUUGUUAUGGGACGCAUCUUUUCGUCUGGAUGGCUACGAAUUGGCCCGCCAAUGCCUUUUCCUGGCGACCGUUGCGAAAAACAAGGAAGGCGCGAAUCCUAGCACGGAUCUCAACGAUAACGGCGGCCGAGACGAGGAAGAGGAAGAGGAGCAGCACCAAGAAUUCAAGCCAAACCGAAGCGUUACACUCAAUACGCGAAGUCAGUAUGCCCGCUUCAAAUUCCUCCCUACGCUAGCCUACGUCCAUUUACGUGUGACGCCCGAUCCAACGCUCGAAGAGGAGCGGAUACCCAAAACCGCCGAGCAGCAGGUCAAGUGGCAAGCCAAAGCAUCGGAAGCUCUAGAGGAGCUGUUUAAGUGGCUGAAGGAGCGGAAGAAGGUCAAGCGGGUUUUGAAGCUUGUCGUAGAGGACAACACGUCGUUCCCGUGCGGCGAAGCCACCAUCCAAGCAUGCCUCCACGCACUCGAGGACAUUCGUUACCUGGAUUGGAGACGGCCUAAUAUUUCAGUUCAGCCGCUGCAAGAGGCCAAGAUGGUGGUCGAACUAUGGUUAUAUUCGACCGGUAUCAAUGCCGUUCUGUCGGGCUGGGCAGAUAAAGGGGGCCUUCAGACACUUGACAUGCUACGAGUUAUCAAUAUUGACGCAAAACAGGGCCUUGAGACUAAGGAGACCAAUCAAAGCAAUGUAUCCAACUUCAAGACAAAGCUGUCUAAGUGGUAUAAGGACUCAAGAACUCCGCCCAAGGUGAAUUCGAGUUUCGAAUCGGCCAACAACCCGCUGAGAAGUAGCACCCAAGGGGGCGGCAGCGACGGGGACAAUGCAAAGCCACUCAACAAGUGGCUCGAUGAUGUGAAGAGUCUAACCGCCAAACUCGGGGCCGAGAUCGAACUGACGGCCGCCGCCGGGAGUGGAGAGUCCGACUCGGACGCCGAUGACGAGAAUAACGGCGUCAAAGACGAUAAGGACUACGUUCGCGUGGCACUGAUUGACGACGGCUUGGACCCCGAGUGGGAGGGUCUCGGCAAGUUUCUAUCGGGGAGCGGAUGGACACAUGUUCCAGCAUCAUCAGCUAACUCUCCUGGCUACCAACCGCCGCGGCAGGAUCGCUGGUCGACACCAGGGCGUCAUCAGCACGGCAAUCGCAUGGCCCAGCUCAUCACCACCGUGUGCCCCUUUGUACGUCUCUUCGUGGCCAAGAUCGACUCUGGAGAGUGGGAGGACAAGCAGCCUCAUCCCACGUUUGAUGUGGACCACGCCAUUGAGGCUAUCCACCAGGCGAUCAGAGCAAAAGUCGAAAUCAUCUCGAUGAGUUGGAGCGUCCUGCUCUCCGACGCCGACGAAAGAAGGCGGAAGCUCAGGAAUGCCAUCGAGGAAGCGAGCAAACUUGGCAUCCUCGUCUACUGCGCCGCGCGGGAGGACAAGGACAGCACGCCGGGAGGGGAGAUGAAGGCCUGGCCCAGCUCCUGCGACGAGACCUUCAGCAUCGGGGCGGCGCACAUCUAUCAGGGGAAGAAGGACUGGGUGGGCCGCGACGCGCAGUUUCACUUCCCCUCGGAGAACGUGCUGGACAGCCAUGACCUGGUCAAUGGCGGAACCUCUGCGGCGACUGCCCUUGCAGCUGGGCUGGCCUCGUUGCUCCUCUUUUGCCUAAAGCGGAACCAGCGUGAUCGGGAGCGCGACGAUCAGGAUAAGAAACAACACCAGGAGACAACGGCACUAACAAUGCAGGGCUCUGUUGGGCAGCAGCAGAUUCGGCAACAACAACAACAGACCGAGAGGCGCUCGUCAAAGUUAUUUCACGCCGGGGAAGACUCUCGCGGCAUGAUAGAGAAGGUCUUUCAGAACCUGAGCGAAGAUAUCGGGGAUGGUCGAAUGUACGUCGACGUCGGGUCUCUGGCGCGAAUCACCCCGGCCUCGUACGCGGCUAUUGCUACGAAGUACUGCGAGCCGCAUAUCAAGCCCCUAGCGAGGAAGAAGACAUCACGGAAGUAACGAAAGACAAGGACAAGGCGUAAUUAACUACUGAAUAAUCACACAUGGUGACUUUAUAAGCACUCGGAGGGGUUAAUUGGGUUUCCCUCAACUUAUGUUAAGACAAAACAAGGACAUGAAAGGGGAUGG